ACUUUUUUUUAAAUAAAAAAUUUAUAGCUCUUCCUCUCGUAUGAAUAAGGAGUAUAGUGUGGAUCGGUAGACAGAGAAUUGAAUGGGUUUAUGCCGAUUGAUCUGCCUUAGUUCCCCACUUCGUCUUCACCGUCUUUCUCCGUCUCCACCGAUUCUCCUCGCACUUCCUACGCUAUCUCUAUCUUUCCCAUAUUACCCUCACCACUCGUCUAAAUUUUCACCUCUGACACUCCUCCUCGUCCCACAAAAGCGUCUCUUUCGUUGCGUUCAAUCCUCGUUUUCUUCUUCUUCUUCUUCUUCCUCCAUGGAAGCUCCUCCCCAAGGUUACAGGAGAAAUGUCGGUAUCUGUCUAAUCAACGAUGACAAAAAGAUUUUUGCUGCGUCGAGGUUGGACAUCCCGGAUUCCUGGCAAAUGCCGCAGGGUGGUAUUGAUGAGGCCGAGGAUCCAAGAACCGCAGCCGUCAGGGAAUUAAGAGAAGAGACAGGAGUGAGUUCGGCAGAAAUUCUUGCAGAGGCACCAUACUGGUUGACAUACGACUUCCCGCCAAACGUCAGGGAAAAACUUAGACAUCAGUGGGGAGGAGACUGGAAAGGCCAGGCGCAAAAGUGGUGUCUUUUCAAAUUCACCGGAAACGAUGAAGAAAUCAAUCUUUUGGGCGACGGGACUGAAAAACCUGAGUUUGGUAACUGGUCGUGGAUGUCGCCAGAACAAAUAAUUGACCUUGCUGUUGAUUUCAAGAAGCCCGUUUACAAGGAAGUUUUAGCGGUUUUCACACCAUAUCUUCAAUAACCUUGAGUGAAAAUACUAUUUCUUUUACAAAGUGAGUAGAAAGCAAAAGUAGUCCAAUGAACAGUCAUAUUUAAGAUUGUAUCUGAUGGACAUAAUAGCCGAUAACCGUCCCAUUUCUAUUGUUCCUUUGAAGUGGCAAAUGAGCUCCAUAUGCAUAUGCUACCAUGAGCUGAUUCAAAAUUCGAUGUUUCAUGUUAACGAUUGAAAGCUCGCAGUCAAGUGCUCUCAACAGCCUACAAGGAAGAACUAAAGCAACUUGGGACACCGGUGCGGUGCCGGUCAAAGGCCAUCCGAUGCUCAAGUUUGUAGCUUUGGAAUGAUUUUGACAGUUUUGGCACGCACAAGGGGGCUUACUUUUCUCUUUCGAAGGCAUGGUAUUUAUAUAUGAACGUUGUAGAGCUAUGGUGUUCACCACGUACACAGGUCCCGCGUUUGUUGUUUAAGUAUUAAAAAAAAAUGAGUGAAUUAAUUAAUAAUAAA